CAUAAAUAUUUCACGUACUGUUUUUUUUUUUUUCUUCUAGAAAAUAUAUACGUAACCACUUAAACAGAACCAAAACAAGCACACUGACUAUAAUUAGCCAUAAACACAAUUUAUUUCUCAAACCAAAAAAGUACUAGGCUAGGCUCCAACAAUUUCUCAACGGGGGUUUUAAGGCGAAUUGGUUGGAAUUUCUUCAGCUGCCGAAAUAGCAAGUCGACGAGGGCUCGCCGUGAAGUGACGUCAGCCGCGACAAUGUUCUCCAACAACGUCGUUAUCAGUGACAUCAUCGCCGGUGGCUUGUCGGUUGGGAUUACGGUUUCCUUGCUCAAAUUGUUAGAACAAACAGCUACCAGAGGCGUCUUUGAACAGAAAUUGAAUAGGAAGCUUGUGCACAUUAGCUUUGGAUUAGUGUUCAUGCUUUGCUGGCCUAUGUUCAGUUCUGGUCGCCUUGGAGCAGUUGUAGCAUCUCUUAUUCCUGGUAUGAAUAUCAUCAACAUGCUUCUUUUGGGAUUCGGAAUAUGGAAGAAUGAUGCAACUGUCAAGUCGAUGACUAGGAAUAACGACCAUAGGGAAUUAUUGAAGGGGCCGUUGUACUAUGCUUCUGCGCUCACUCUCUUCACUGCAAUUUACUGGCGAACAUCUCCUAUCGCGAUUGCAGGGUUAUGCAAUGUGUGUGCUGGUGAUGGCGUGGCCGACAUUUUCGGGAGGCGCUUUGGCCGCCGAAAACUUCCCUACAAUAGAGACAAAACCGUGGCUGGUAGUAUCGCGAUGGCGUGUGCUGGUUUCUUCGCUUCUGUUGGAUACAUGAUCUACUUUUUAUGGUUGGGCUACAUCCAAGGAACCUUCAAAUUGGUGGUUGGGUUUUUGGUAGUGUCCAUUGCUUCCGCGGUAGUUGAAUCUCACCCUAAAAGCACUGAACUUGAUGACAAUUUAACAGUACCACUUGCUGUCGUCUUCGUGGGCAGUUUGGUCUUUUGACUCCCAAUUAUAUUUAGUGAAUUAGUUCUGCCAUUAUAGAACCAUUCACCUAUCCACCCUGGGCACACGUUAACGUGCCCACUAUUAAUGUGACAAUGUCAUAUAAGAAAGAGAGUUGAUUAUAGUAUUUAACUCCAA